AUGCAACCUCUCCUCUCGGCUGACAAACUUACCACCUCUCCCCCAUCUAGAGCCGUCCGGAUCCGCCGCAGCGGCCGCCCCAUGCGGGACUUCUUCGUCGCCCAUCCGCAGCCCGAUGUCCCCCCACGGCCUCGCGCCGUCCCGCGCACGACCGGCCUCCCGCCUGCGCCCGCGCCCCCCGUCGGCGUCCUCUACGACUCGCUCACGCCCCCCGUGCCCCUGGUUCACCGCGGGGCGUCGCUGGCGUAUGACAGGCAGGGGCGGACGAGGCGCGUGCGUGCGGGGGACGUGGACGCGAGCGGGCGCAGGGGGCAUCUCGCGCACCCGGACGAUCCGGACGAGUUCCUGCCCGAGUACGACGACAAGGAUGUUUUGCCGAGGUACCAGGAUGUCCAGCGCGCGCAUCCCGCCGUCGGCGUGGGUGCGGGAGGGCGUGCGCCGAAUGGCAUGGGGGGAGGGGCGGAGACAAGUGAUACGGUUCCGCUCGUGACAAGGAUGCAACUCUCGCGCAGUGCAUCAUUGGAGGACACGCGAGGGCUGUCGUCUGUGGGCUCGCACGUGGGACAUGAAACGGAGGAUGGGACUCGUGAUCCACAGUGCUUGGAACGGUGA